CUGUCUAAAGAAGUUUUCAUUCAAUGGCGGAAGAGAAGAGCUUCAAGUACGUUAUCUCAGGAGCUGAUAUAUCUGCCGGUUAUGCGGCCAGAGAAUUUGCCAGGCAGGGCCUGAAGCAUGGUGAACUAGCAAUUAUAUCCAAUGAACCAGCAAGUAACAAAAUAUUUGGACUUGGAGAUAUUGACAUAGAGACCAAUACUAAUCUUUCAAAGAACUACAUAUGUGGUGGUCCUGGUGGAACUGGGGAAGAGAGUCAAAGCCAUCAAUGGUACAAAGACAAAGGUAUCGAAUUGAUUCUAAGCACAGAGAUCAUCAAAGCAGAUCUUUCCACGAAGAGUUUUUUCAGUACUGGUGGAACAAUCUUCAAAUACCAAACUUUGAUAGUUGCAACUGGCUCUACCGUGAGCACCAUCUCUUCCUCUGUUGACCUUCUUGUUAUCUAA